AUGGAAAAUCCGUCUCAUGUAACACAAGAAGCCCUUAGUAUGCUAGAAGCUUACCUGAAUAUUAGUUCUGAGAAAAGGUGUCAAAAGUUCAAGUCAAGUGAUCUGAAAGCUGUAGAGCCUAGGUUUUUCCCAAAAACUUCAUACAAUCUUCCUGUAGAAAAGGAUGUCGAAAAAGAUGUGCCACAAGUCGGUCUUGAGAAAAUAGAUAGAUUCGAUCAACAUGAGAACAGAAGAUUAGAUAUGCCUGCUGAUACAAAACAAUGUGAAACUAUGAAAAAGCUGUCUCAGAAUGAAUCUCAACCCAACUUUACUUCGGCCAAUCUUAACGAUGUUUGUUUGCUGAGGAACAAGACAAAUGGGCACGAAUAUCCCCCUUUUAAUCUAAACAAUGGUUCACUUCCACCGGCAACACAAAAUAGCGGUUUCAGUCCACCAUUGGACACUUCUGUAGAUCUUGGUUCAGAUAAUCUCCAACCUGAUUCAUUAUAUGGUUCAAGUAGUAUAGAACUAGUUAGCUCACCACCCUCUGAAGACUCUUCUCGUGUAGCUUCUCACACGAGAAAUGGAAGUUCGUUGGUGUCUAAGACAUCGGUGAUUAAAAAGGCUUCAACCACUUCCUCAAUUGUUCGCUAUCAUAGUGUCAGUAGUGGAUGUGCACAAAGAAGUCAUAUUAUACCUAAAACAGAAGAAUGGUCAGCACUUGAAGUUAACUGUCAGCAGAAUCAUUAUACACGACGUUGCAGUGUCAGAUCAGCCCCUGAAGAUAUGCAUCAUUGUAUCCGUAUGAAACUUAAACGAAGUGCUCCGAAGAAAUGGUUUAAAUUUCGUCUCCCUAAAGGUGGUUUUGCGAUUAAACCUCAUGCGGAGAAGAAAUUAGUGUCAGAUCAAGGAGAGCCCGCAGAUUCUAGGACUGCUUCAGGUUGUACCAAUUCAAUAGAGGUAACAUCAUCGUUAGAAAACAGAGAGGUGACUAACCAUAAUGGUGACAGUAUAAGAAUUUACCACAAAAAGCCAGAUGCACAUACGAUAAACAAAGCGACCGACGGCUUUCACCACCCACCAUUUAUAAAUGUGUUUGCUCAACUGUUUCCACGAUUGUUUCGUCAGGAGGAAUCGUCAACCAGUUAUGUAUCAAGCGGUUUUUUUCUUAGAAUGCAAAGACUAUCUACGACUAAUACGCGCCGAGUAAAGCGACAUAAACAACGUACUAGGAAAUUGGGUAAACUUUUUAAUCAAGUUUCAGUGGAUGAACACGAAGAAAAGUUCCAUUUACUACCAUUGUAUACCAAACGACGUCCAUCUGAACUAUCUGAUCAAGAAAAUAAAGAAAAAAAAGAUGUCUUCACAGUCAGGCAAUUAGAGUCGACUACAACAAACAUUCCGAAUGAUUUAUCGAAAACAAUGCCUACAAAAAAUGAAUUGUCUAGCUCACCAACAAUGAAUUCUAAGACAUGGCCAGUUUGUUCACCGAAUUCAAAAAUAGCUACUGAAGUUGCACGUCUUUAUCAAGGAUUAAUUGAAACAAUAGAAGAUGCCAAAUUAAUUGAAUCCACUUUCCACACGUGGGGCCAAUUUUCUAUUAGAAAACCCCAGUAUUACAGCAAAGAUUAUUUACCUUUCUUCAGUCAUAGUUCGCCAGUCAGGUAUACAAAAUCAAGUAAAACGCUUCAUUAUACUACAUCUAAGAAUUUAACCACAACAACUGAAAAAGAUUUUAUUGGUUACUCACAAUCUACUGAUCAGAUCCAUUUGAGUAAUAGUGAAACUAGAAAGGAGACAAUGAACACCCCUGAGAGUACAGAAUGCAAAUCUUUCGUAAAUAAUGAAUUAUCUCCUAACGAUGCAACAAAACAUCCAGGAAAUUGUUCAAAAGAAUCUUUUCAAAUUGAAAAUGACAAAGAGAAAGGGGACUGUCAUGCUGACACAUCAACAAACGGUAAUACACAAUAUCCAUAUGCUAAAUAUGUUGCUGCAAUGAUUGAUGCACUCUCCGAACGUCUUAUGGGUAAGAUAUCUGAAGAUGAUUUAGAACUUCGUUUUCGAACUUUGGAAGCUGAAGCUACUGAAGCAGCCAAACAGAGUACUCAGUCUGUUAAACGUGAACGCUUCCUAUCUGUUAGUAAUGAAGCUGAAAGUCUAAGUUGCAAAAAUUCCGUUCAAAACACUUGUGACUCUUCUUCUCCCGAAGAAAGUAUAAACACCAAGAAAGAGGUAACACAACGGCUGGCGAAUAAAAGAUGUUUCUCUAUUCCUAAUAUCAACAUGACUUCAGAUUCACCUCAUUUAUCACCAUUGGAAGAGAGUCAGAGAAGUCUUAAACACUGCUGUUUAGCACAAGUGAAACGCUUACAACAGAGGAACAAACUGGUGAUAACAGUUGACUUACUAAAACGUCUGGCAAACCAUACAAAUUAUCCAAAUUUCGAAGCUGAUGUUCUAGAAUUAUUAGGUCGACAACCAAGUUGGCAUCAUAUUGCUAUUUUGUAUUAUCUAACCAGGCGUUUAGUUAAACACAUAAUGGCUUUGCAUAUCCGAAAACUACAAUUAAUACAAGGAAAAUCAGCAUCUUCAAAUUCAUCAGUGUUACAACAUCCGGCACUUAUUAAUUCCGAUAGUGACGAGACUGAAGAUUACAACUUUCAGUUAAACGGAAGUUGUUCUCUUCCUCGUGCGUCAAGUGAAUUAUGUCAGGGGGUAUAG